AUGGGAGAGGAGGAUCAUUACACGAUCAACGACAUCCUCACCGAGUCGGAUGUGACGACGCCGCUCCUCGCCGAGUCUGCGGGUGCCAAAGGGCGUCCAGAGAAAUGGACGCCUGGGCCGGGCUUUAUAUGGAUAGAAAUUGCCAUCUUCUCAAACGUGUUUCUCUCUGGCUUUGACGGGACCAUCACGGCGUCGACAUACGCAGUCAUCGGGUCCGAGUUCAACGCGGCGAAUACCAUCUCAUGGCUGACGACGUCGUAUCUGAUCACCAGCACCGCCUUCCAGCCGCUGUACGGACGCUUCUCGGACAUCUUGGGACGGCGAACCUGCUUCUUCACGGCCACAAUCACGUUUCUGUUGGGCUGUCUCGGGUGCGGGUUUGCGCCCGACAUCAUCACCCUGAAUCUGAUGAGAGCCUUGACGGGGCUGGGAGGUGGAGGACUCAUGACCAUGGCCACAAUCAUCAACUCGGACAUGAUCCCCUUCCAGGAACGGGGCAUGUACCAGGCCUGUCAGAACGUCUUGCACGGAUUUGGGUCCAUCUGCGGGGCGUCCCUGGGCGGGUUGAUCGCAGACCACAUCGGGUGGAGAUGGUGUUUUCUCCUGCAGGUGCCUGUCUCGACAUUUGCGUUCGUCGUCGGACACUUUGUCAUCAAGAAGCACGAGACCAAGAAGUCGGCGACGGACGAGGAGUCGGAGGGCUCGAGCGCGGCGAAGCUCUCGUCGAAAUGGGAGCAGAUUGACCUCUCGGGCGCCGUCCUCUUGGUCCUGGGCCUCUCCGCGCAGCUGGGUGCCAUGACCAUGGGUGGAAACAACUACCCUUGGAGCGACAUUCGUGUCAUUCUCGCCAUGAUCUUGAGUGUGAUUCUCAUCCUCGUAUUCGUCGUGGUGGAGCUCAGGACCAAGGCCGUCCCCGUGAUGCCCAUGUCCAUGCUACAUGGAACUCUCGCCAUCUCGAACCAGAUCAGUAAUGUGUGUGUCGGUAUGGCUGCUUACUCUGUAAGUUCGGACUCCACGAAUUCCUUUAUGCGGGCAUUGACAGACGAACAGUUCCUCUUCAUCUCGCCCCUGUUCUUCCAGGUCGUUCUACGCGACAACCCCUCCGAGGCCGGCAUGCGCCUGGUGAUCCCGUCCCUGGCGACUCCAGCAGGCGGUGUUCUUUCAGGCAUCGUCAUGUCCCGCUGGGGCCGACUCAGCGAGCUCGUCAGGGCGGGCUGCUUCAUCAUGAUGGUGGGAAACGGCCUCGUCGCCUCCCUCAAGUACCAGGAUGCCUCGUGGAAGUACAUGGUCUAUCUCUUCCCCGCCAACUUUGGCCAGGGCAUCUGCUAUCCCGCGAUCCUGUUUACCUUUCUCGCUGCGUUUGAUCAUAGUUACCAAGCCGUGUCCACCUCGACCGUGUACCUGUUCCGCUCCAUGGGGACGGUCUGGGGAGUCGCGGCGUCGUCGACAUUGCUGCAGAAUAUCCUGGCGCAGCAACUCCCUUCGGCGCUCGAGGGAAUCCCCAAUAAAGACGAGCUGGUCGAUCAGAUCCGUCAUUCGGUGGCCGUGUUGGACCAUCUGCCGCCCGAGGUGCAGUCGGCGGCCAGGCAUGUCUACUACCGUGCCUUGAGAUAUGCCUACGUCGCGAACACUGCCGUCGCGGCCGUCGCGUUGGUGUCGGCGUUCUUUGCUCGGGGGAAAAGUCUUCAUCGGAAAUAG